AUGGAGGGCAGUUCAGACGGAGAGCCAGCGCUGAAACGCAUGCGGAAAGGCACCAAGAGCUGCGUGGAAUGCCGACAGCGCAAGAUCCGCUGCAUCUGGCAGGCAGCAACAGACGCUGCUUGUCAAGGCUGCCAGCAACGAGCCCGGGCCUGUGUGCCACAGCUGUAUGCCCGUCGCUCGGUCGACCCCAAUCGCGUCUCUUCCCGGGAUCGCAUCUCGCGACUGGAAGCUCAAAUCGCACACAUGGCCGCGUCGGUCCAGCACAAACCUCAACAUGCCACAUCGAUUUCGCUUUCGGUUUCGCCCGAGCAACGCGGCCCGGGAGAGCGAGACUCACCUGCCUCUCCCAUCCCUGACGUAGACUCGGAGCCUGAUACCGUGAAUGGUCCAACAACGGCUGCGCCCGCUCAUCUCAAGUUUCUGUUCGACAAUCCCUUGAUCGGGCCGGAUCAGCGACUCGCGGAGGGAUCGCACGAAAGACCGCCGUGCUCGAAGCGAUAUGCCGAUCAGAGCAGAGCGAAGCUCCAGCAUUACCUACCCACCACACAUGACGUCGCCGAGACAUCUAGUUAUGCGCCUUCGUGGAUGUCGCUUUAUUACCAACUAUUCCCCACAACGAGCACCCAGGGCAGUCGGGAUCAGCUUGUCACGAAGCAUGAGACAAUGUUUAGCACAGAUGUUGACCCGGUGGUCUUGGCGCAAUACUUAUUGUCGUUCGCCAUCACCGCUCGUCAGGUCCCAGAACACUCCAUAGUGCUUUCGUUUGAGCAGAGAGGCUGGACAGAUAUCGCGAGCUACGUGCAAGACUUGAUGCAAGCUGUUGAACACACCGUCAUAACACACACCGGCCUCGCCUCAACGAUCGAAGGCAUCUCUACGACGGUGCUCUACCUCAGGCUGCAGCUUGGUUUUGGCGCGGUGAAAACACUGUGGCUCACACUUCGACGAACCAUCGCGAUAGCAGAGCUUAUUGGGCUGCCCAGAGCGUGGUAUCAUCGGCCUAUGCCCCAUGCCCAUUCAACCCUCAUUGAUGGGGUUACGGAUAAGAUCGCACUUUGGGAGAGCAUAUGCGCAACCGAUAGACUUGCUUCGAUGAUGUUCAAUCUGCCUCCUGCCACUGCAACCCACCGUUUCCCUCGGAAGCAGAUUGUAGAUUCUUCGGGUACAGUCCUUGCUCAGCCUUACAUGUUCGAACUUGCUGGCAUUGCUAUGAGAGUCCAAGAACUCGACGAGGCUUAUACCAUCGGGACAUCUCAAGAAGAGAUCUGUGAAAAGAUUUUGAACAUGGAUAAGGAUCUCCGCUCACUCAAGAGCUCUACGCCGAUAUCCUGGUGGAAAGAGGAAUUCACCUUCCUUUCGGCAGACGCACUGGUUCAGUUCUGGCAUUUUUAUCUCACGGCACGAAUUCACCUGCAUCCAGCGAUGAGCAACGAUGACCACGACCAGUACUCAUACAGUCGUAUCAGCUGCGUCGAAGCCUGUCACGCCUUGUCACGACGAUACGCAAACAUCCGAACAGCCCUACCUGCUGGAUUCUUCGUUUGCCGCAUCGUCGACAUGCAGAUCUUCACAGCGGGAACAUUCCUCCUACUAUCUUCUUACGGCCGACUACAGGUCCAACACAACGACAGGCACGUGUUCCAGCCUCCCCAAGACCGAGAGCGUGAAGACCGGCUUCAAAGUCUCGAGCGCAUGGUGCAGACCAUGGAGUUCGUCCAGGACCAUGUGGGCUCGGAAUUUGCGCGCGAGGCUGCAGCUGCAAUCAGAGCGCUGUGGUCUCACUUCAAAACCGAUACUUCGACUAAUUCUCAAGGAAUCACCCUUACUAUUCCAUUGCUGGGCAAGAUCCACAUUGGCCGUAAAGAUAAACCCAACCCGCAAGAACGUACUGCACAAGCUCAAUCA